CGAGCGUGACGGCUCCUGACGAGGAGUCGCGGGUGCCGCUUCCUGUUGUCAGUGGCCGAGAGGCCGCAACCUCUGCUCCGAGGCUGAGGAGCUGCCGCAACCGGGAGCGCCCCCCGCCUCGCUCCCUUUUCCGUUUGGUCAUCAAGAAGAAGCUGGUGGGAUCCGUGAAGGCCUUGCAGAAGCAGUAUGUGUCCCUGGACACAGUGGUCACUAGUGAAGACGGAGAUGCCAAUACCAUGUGCAGCACCUUGGAGGCUGUUUUUAUCCAUGGCCUGCAUGCCAAGCACAUCCGAGCUGAGGCCGGAGGAAAAAGGAAGAAAAGUGCCCACCAGAAGCCUCUGCCCCAGCCUGUCUUCUGGCCCCUCCUGAAAGCUGUCACCCACAAGUGAGAUUAGCUGGGGAAGUUUUGCUUUGGGGAGGAUCAGCAGAGCAUGGGACACUUGGCUUUUCCUCCCCAGCUAUUCAGGAAGCCAACAGAGAUGCCCUGUGUUGUAGCAUAGAGAUAGGGUGAGGUAGGGUUGCAAGUGUCUUCUGGAAAGGUUCAUCUCUAGACCAAGCUUCCCAGCCAGUGUGCCAGCAGAUCUGGAGACCCUCAGCACUCAGGCAAGAGCCUGUGGCUGCUUUGAGCCCUGAGACUGGUCGCCUUUAGCAGGAACGGCGUUUUUGCCACACUGGGGCAGAGUUAUGUAGUUACAGCAGAGGUUGUGGCCUGCAAAGCCUAAAGUAUUUACUAUCUGGUCCUUUACAGAAAACGUUUGCUGACCCUGCCUUAGAUUGUUCGAACAUCUGAGUUGUAAAUCUUAUCUCUUAAGGAGGUAUGGGGUUAUUUUUAUUAAAGACUGGAAUCAGGAAGGAGCAUAUGAAUAUUCACCCUGAGACACUUCUCUCUGGCCUCUGUCUGGGCUUUUGAGCAAGUUGCUGGCACUGUGCCUCAAAGGACCACUAAAUGUCACCUUGAGCCCAAAGAAGCCUUGUCAGUCUCUGAUCUUUCCACACCGACUGCCACUGCCCCAUCUCCGGUUCCUCUUCAGUGGCUUUCUAGUUGUCCCCCUAUCUCACUCUGUCUUUCCUUGAGUUUGUCACCUGGUCAACAUUUACUGAGCUGAAGCUCCCGGAGCUUACUC